AUGUUAGGAUUUUUUGAUGUUUUAGAAAAAAAUAGAUAAGACGAAAAUAAAUUAAAAUAGGUCGUUGAAGAUUAUGAAAAUUUAAAAUAUUUUAGCGAUAAUUUAAAAGAAAAAAAAGAAGUCGAAAAGCCUUUUUUUGAUGAAUAAAAUGCACAUCUUGAAAAAAUGAUUUAAGAAUAUUAUGAAUUAUUAAAAAAUAAAGGAAUGGCUAUAAAAGAAAAACAAGAAUUAGUUUAAUAACAAAAAUAAAUGGAAAAAGCUAUUUUAUAAGCAGUAGAAGAUAUUAAAAAAAUGGGAGAAUAAAACUAAAAAGAAAAGCAUAAAAUAGUAAGAUCUCCUUUAAAAAUAAAGGAUUAAUAUUAUUAAACAGAAAAGGAUUUAGAAAAUGUAUAAAAUUCAUUAAAAGAAUUAAAUUAAGUAAUAUAAAUGUUAUAAUUUAAAAUUGAUAUUUACUAAAAUAUAAUAAGUAAAUUUAAAAAAUCGUGCUUCUUACCUGCUUAAAAAAUAAAUGAAACUGCAAAAAAAGAUAUUGAAACAAAAAAAAUAUGUAAAUAAUUGAAAAAUGAACAUAAAGAAUUAUAAAGCGAUUUAUUAAGAAAAAAUGAUGAAUUUUAAGUAUUUUUUUUUUAAAAAAAAAAAAAAAAAAAAAAAAAAGUAUAAAAAUAUUUUUUUUAUUUUUUAUAGAUUUUAAAUUAAAAAGAAGGGGAAAUUAUUUAAUAAUUAGAAAAGAAAUAAAAAAAUAAUAAAGAAAAAACAAAAUAUUAUGAAGAAGAAUUAAAAAUAUUAGUCUAAGAAUAAAACAAACUAGAAUAAGAAAAAAAUUACCUAACUUAAUCUUAAUAGGAAAUAUAAAUUAUGAGAAAUAAUUUAGAAUAUACAUUAAACGAAGAAUUAAGAAAUCAUCACGAAUUUAUGAGUGAUAAGUAAAUUUAAAUGACUUAUUUAAUUAAUGGAUUUAAAGAAUAUAAAUAAAAUAUAUUUUUAAUGUUAGAUGAAUUAGAAAAUUAAUGA